GCAGCCAGCUUCUUAGGCCACCCUUUUAAAAUGGUGGAGCACAAAAUCCAGUCCACCUUCCCCCUCUCAUGGUAGGUUGUUACUUUCAUCUCAAAUGAGGGGUAUCUAUAUGAGGCUAUCUUGGGAUUGAAGAAAAUCUCUCCUUUGGCUGCACUCCUUACACCCCACCUUACUUACUACCUAUGCUUGAGGUGGGCUAUGCAUGUAUGGCUGGAAAAGUUCCCCACCUUUACUCUCUAUCUCUCUCCCCCCCCCCCUCCCAACAUCUUAUGAUAUAUUAACAGCUCAUCCCAUAUCUCAACUGAAGGCACUGUUGCAAUGGAAAGGUUGGGAGUGAAGGAUAAGUAUUGAUGAGCAUCUUCUCCUGGACACUCAUCUUAUCGUCUGUUCUUGAGGAGGGGAAUGUGUACCCAAGAGGUGAGGAGGUGAUGAUGGGAUCCUUGGUGGAGCGCUUGCGAUUUGACGGCGGUGAAGGAAGAUAAGGUCUGUUGUUGAUGGUAAGAAAGUUUAUGUCAUUCUUAGAAGGAAAGAUAAGCCAUAAAGAUGAAGUACAUGAAACUUGGAACAAAGCCAGACACCUUCUACACAGAAGAAGCUGUAAGAUCAGUGUUGUCGGAUGUGCCAGCUGACCUUAUCAUACACAUUAAUAGCACGAAAUUCCUAUUGCAUAAGUUUCCGCUUCUCCUGAAGUGUGGCCUCCUCCAACGCUUUUGCUCUAGCAUCGACAACAACUCGGACCAACCGAUUUCCAUAGCUCUUCACGAUGUCCCCGGAGGGGAAGAAGCCUUUGAGCUAUGUGCAAAGUUCUGCUAUGGAAUCACCAUCAGUCUUAGCGCCCACAACUUUGUGCAGGCAAUCUCUGCAGCUAGGUUCCUACAGAUGACGGAGUCUGUCGCCAAGGGAAAUUUCAUAAUGAAGCUGGAGUCGUUCUUCGAGUCAUUCAUCCUCCAUGGCUGGAAGGAUCCAAUUGUAACACUCCAGUCUGUAGGGAAGCUGUCAGGUUGGUUGGACAAUCCUAAGAUUGUGCAACCAUGCAUGGAUUCCAUUAUCGAAAAAAUCCUCACACACCCAUCAAAGGUCACAUGGUCCUACACAUACACGAGGCCAGGCUACAGCAAGAAGGAUCACCAUUCCGUCCCCAAGGACUGGUGGACCGAGGAUGUUUCCGAGCUCGAUCUCGACCUCUUCCGAUCAAUAAUCUCUACCGUUCGAGCAACAAGGAAGCUACCUGCAGCACUCCUGGGGGAGGCUCUCCAUGUCUACGCAUGCAAGCACCUCCCAGACCCAAUGGAAGCGCACCAAGCUCAAAGCUCCACUGCUCGAUCCGAAGAGACCUUAGCCAAGCACAAGCGUGUGCUCGAGUCCAUCGUCAGCAUGAUUCCCAGCGAGCCAGGCUCGGUCUCCGGCAGGUUCUUGUUAAGGCUGCUCAAGGUGGCGAACUACAUUGGUGCCUCGCCAUCGACCAAAGCCGAGCUAGUGAGGCGGUCGGGGCGGCAAUUGGAUGAAGCAACCACAAGCGACCUCCUCAUUCCACUGCCUUCAAAUCCACAGGAGUACGAUAUCGGUGCAGUGGAAGCAGUGUUGGAGAAUUUCCUGCUGCAGUUUCGCCGGCCGAUGCCUCCACAAGAGAGUGAGAGGAUGCUUGAAUCCAUGGCGAGGGUGGCAAAGAUCUUCGACUCCUACUUGCAAGUCAUCGCACAAAACAGCGAACUCCCAGUGUCAAAAUUCGCUGAUCUUGCGGAGUCCUUGCCGGACAUGGCGCGCCAAGAGCACGACGAGCUCUACCAAGCCAUUGAUACUUACCUGAAGGAGCACCCAGACGUGAGCAAGGCAGAGAGGAAGCGGCUCUGCCAGUUGAUAGACUCCCAAAAGUUGUCCCCCGAAGCACGCGCGCAUGCAAUAGCGAACGACCGCCUGCCCUUGCGCACGAUCGUGCAACUCCUGUUUGUGGAACAAGAGAGGGCUCCUCCCGUUCAACCUUCGACCGAGAUUUCAGACGCGAGGGGAGCUCCGGAUGACCGUAGAAGGCCGAGACAGGGGUCAGAUGAUGGGCUUCGACACAGAGGAGAGUCGGUGCAAGGUGGAAGGGCCAAGAGCGUGGAGAUGCGGAGGAUGGGGAGAUCGUCGUCGGAGUCCAGGAUGGCCAAGAAGAAGGAGCUGGUGGUAGUGGAGAAAGCGGAAGGAUCACGGAACAAGAUCAGAAUAUCCACCAAUAAACGCUAAAGAAGGGAUGAAAAUAUGGUCAUGAUACAUCCUCACUCGACCCCAACAACAAAAAGAAAGGUGAAAAAGAGAAACAAGGGGAAGGGGAUCUCAUUUGUAAAUUGCAAAAAUAUUCAUGAUUUUUUUUUUUUUAAUGAUCCAGAGAAUUGGAGAGUUUGUGUGGGAGGUAAAUUUUGUAAUUAUUUGAGUGAGCAACGGAUGAUUGAUCAAAUAAACUUUGGAAUGUCAUGCA